UCCACAUUUGAAGAAGCGGAUGUGUUUUACUUUUCUUCUCUUACUUCCCUCCUCUGCCUACCAGCCUUGUCGUUAUUUAGCAGGUGAUGAAAUAUUUUGUCUCUGUGUUGACCUAAUUAAUGGAGACUGUAGCAUUGGGGUUUAAGAUAACUUGUUUGACACAUUAUAGUCAAUAACAAACCGUUACUGGAGUUGAAAAUUUUUGUUUUUUGCCUGAGCUCUGAAGUCUGCAAAGGCGGCAGCCAGCAUCUGCCCGUUCAACACUGACAAGAAAGUAGAUCUCCCUCUUCGACGCUUAGAGGUUAGACCCGUCUGGAGAGAAUGACGGCUUUCAAGAUCACUAGAGAAAUCAGACAGAUCCUGAUCAGCCUGCUGCAGAGACCAAGCGGAAGUGAGACAAGCCGAGAGGGCCUGAAGAAUUAAGAGUUUAUGUGAAAAGCGUGUAUAAAGCUCACUGUUGGAGAACUGCUGACUGUACAUACCUACUGUGUAUGAGAGACGUUUGAGGACUCUGAAAAGAGAGACAUCAUAGGUCAGUUCAACUCAGCUGAAUGACCGGGAAUGGAAUUAUCAUAAGGCAGGGUUGCAGAUUACCUGUUAUGAAUACUACAACUUGUACAUGGAAGUACAGCACACACACACACACAGUGAUUUCCGCCUUUGACUACCUCGUGGACACUGUGCCUCUCCAGUCCAGAAGCAACACCUAAGACUCUUUUCAAAGAACCACAAACAUCCCGAGGAGUGAGAAUAUCAGAAGCAACCAUGAACGGCCUGCAAGAAAUGUCAGUGAAGUGCGUCCUGGUUGGGGACAACGCGGUGGGCAAGACGGCCCUGCUGGUGCGCUUCACUUCAGAAACCUUCCCAGACACUUACAGGCCCACAGUGUUUGAGAACACAGGGGUGGAGGUGUACAUGGACGGGGUCCAGAUCAGCCUGGGGCUAUGGGACACGGCCGGCAAUGACAACUUUAGACAGAUCCGACCAAGAUCCUACCAGCAGGCUGACGUUGUCCUCAUGUGCUACUCUGUGGCAAACCCGAACUCUCUGGCCAGCGUCCAGCACAAAUGGAUCGCUGAGAUUCGAGAGCACUUGCCCAAGGUGCCAGUGCUGCUUGUGGCCACUCAGACGGACCUGCGGGAGUUAGGGACUUAUCGGGGCAACUGCAUCUCAGCAGCGGAGGGGAGACGUGUAGCUCAUGAAGUGCACGCUAAAGGCUAUCUGGAGUGCUCAUCCUUGAGCAACCGUGGUGUACAGCAGGUGUUUGAGUACGCAGUGCGGACAGCCGUCAACCAGGCCAAGAAGCAGGCCAGGCGACGCAUGUUCAGCAUAAACCAGUGCAAGGUCUUUUGACCUUUGAUGUUGACUUGGUCGGCGUUUACGCUUUCGUGAGACUUGUCCAGACUGGUCCAAUAACGCGUGUUCGCAUGAUGUUCAAACUCAGUGCGGGCUUUGAGUGGCACUAGAGCUCAAGUGGGAUUUUUCUUUUUCACUAACAGGGAGUCCUGUCCUCCCAAAACACCCUGAAACUCAAACAUAUUUAAAAUGAGAAUGCAUCAAUUUGAUAAUGCACCUCAUGGACCCUGAUACAAAUGUACCCAGCUUUAAGUUGUACUUGUGAUCUUGUGUGUUUUUUUUUAUGUGAACCACAGUUACAUAACAUGGAGAUAUUUCAAAUGGGGUAUCAGAGACUAUUUGUGAAAUACUUCUACUUAAAGUAAAGCUUUAAUGGUGUUUAUAUACAUCAUAGAGUUUCUCAGAUUAUUUUACUAACAAUCAAUGUAAGGAGGAAAGUAUGUCAGUUUUUGGCUGCAUCAGCAAACAAACUUUUUAAUUGCGGUGAGAAACCAAAUCACCUCUACAACCACAAAUAAAGUGACACAACCAAGUUAUUUUUACACAACAUGAAGCUUUACCGUGUGAAUUGCACAUUUGUCAGAUUCAAAUGAGGAGAACUCCAUUUUUGUGCUUCUGAUUUAUCAAACUGAAAUGUGUAAAUAAUGGUGUGUAUGUGUUGGAAUUUGUCAACAAUGACUUAAAAUAUUAAGAAUAAGAUCAUGCAGGUGUCAGCUGAGAGAGAACCUAAUGGGACAAUUUUGCUCUAUCUGGCCUCUAUAUGCAUAAUCUUCUCUUUAUUUUCUACAGAGAGAAGCAUUUUAUUAGAUGUGACCAAUAAACGGUCAAUAGGUAAAAGUUUAGACAAACAAGCCUACAUGUUUCUGUUGUAUUUUAUACUUAUGUCAAAUCUAUUUAAAAGCUAUCUGCAUUUGUAUUAUUAAAAAAAUAAUCAGAAUCACCUCAAAAACAUUUGUAAAAUCUUUGUAUUAAAAACAAACAAAAAAUAAAAAUAUCUAAUUUAGAGGUUUGUUUUAUGUUGUCAGAGGAUCAAACCAUUUAAAAAGCUUUUCUAGAAUAAGAUAAUGGGCCACAAAACAUCAAUAUUAUCUGGUAUUUUGUCAUUUGAAAUCAUGCUGCAUAUUAAUGGCUACAGUGGAGUUUUUGUGCAUUGUUAUUUUUCCUUUAUUAACUGUAUACCUCCUUUAAAGUUAUGAGAACAAUAUUAAGAAAAGGUCAUUUACAGCCUGACUUGCAAACUGUCACAUUUGUUAUUUGUUACGGGAACAACUAAUUCACUCUCCAUAAAUUAAAAUGAAGGAUUCAACACAUUGACACUAGUUUUGUUGUAUUGUAUCUACGCUGUUUUUUACUUACCUAGUGACUUACUUAGUAUAAGAGGCGGCACAUUAAAAAUCAUCAUCAAUCAUCCACAGAUGUUUGAAAUAUAUCCAGUCAUUUUUCCCAGUGAUGGAUGCUCAUCUCUGUCUUGCUGUCUUUCUGUUUGGAGUAGUUUCCUUGUAUUUAAAUUAGUUUUUGUACAACACAUUCAUUAUUAA